GAAGGAAUUAGUGAUGCUGCUUUGACACUUUUGUUUUAAACUUUUUUUUUUGUAGUGAAAUAUACUCUGUAUUUGCAUAAACAUAUUUAAGGACUUACCUAUUUUGGCUGCUGCGCAUGUAUUAAAUAGGGGACUGAGUUUUUUUGGACUGAAAAUUAAAUGAAGGUACUGAGUUUUUUUUGGAUUUAAUUAGCUAAGGUACUGAAUUUUGUUCCGGUGGGUUAAUGUUGGAUUAAGUCACCGAUUUCCUAACUAGAGUACCUAAAAGGUGAAAAAAAAAACAUAGAGUACCCAAAAGGUGAAAAAACAAAAAGACAGUACUCAGUUUUUCUUAAAAAAAAAAAAUCCUAAUUUAUUCAUUUUCCCCCCUUUUUAUAUGCCCUCUUCGUUUAGACAUCUCAAUUAUCAAAGAAGCCACUCAACGGCUAUAUUUUCAAAUACAAUAAUAUGACCGUUAGAAAGAAGCACCUUGGCUCUCAUCUUACAAAAUAGGGCAAUUCACAGUCGCAGUUUCUCCAUCUUCUUCAUCUUCACCCUUCUAUAACAACAGAAUAAAAAGAGGGGAAAACAGAGAAAUUCAAAUCAAUCUGUUUCGGUUUUUUUUCCUGAUUUGAUUUUGAUCCCCUCUCUCUCUCAUCUUUUCUUCUUCCAUUAAAAUCCAUGGCUUCCAGAGUAGUUCUUCCUCAAAAUGUUGAAGGUAAUAAUAAUGGCGGAAUCAAGCAAAAGAACGCGGCAGAAGGACAGGGCAGGAACAGAAAAGCUUUGAAUGAUAUUGGUAAUCUUGUUACAAUUCGAGAUGUUGAAGGCAAACUACAAAGACCCAUUACAAGGAGUUUUGGGGCCAAAUUACUUGCCAAUGCACAGGCUGGUGGAGAUAACAAGAUCAAGAAGGCUGCCCCAGGAGUGGCAGGAAAGGCAGUGGUGGUGCCAAAGCCACCGACGAAAAGGGCGGUCCCGGCUACGAAGCCGAAACCAGUGGAAGUGAUUGAGAUAAGCCCUGAUACAGAAGAGAAGGAACAGGAGAAACCAGAGAAAUUGGUGACUCAGAAUGAAAGAUCAGUUGGUUAUAGGAAGAAGAAGAAGGUUCCUAGUAUGACUGCUGUACUUACUGCUAGGAGCAAGGCUGCUUGUGGUCUGACUAACAAGCCAAAGGAACAAGUAGUUGACAUUGAUGCAUGUGAUGUUGAUAAUGAGCUAGCUGUGGUUGAAUAUGUUGAAGAUAUCUACACUUUCUAUAAGAUAGCAGAGAAUGAAAGCCGGCCUUGUGACUACAUGAAUUCCCAACCCGAAAUCAACGAAAAAAUGAGGGCUAUCUUAGUUGAUUGGUUGAUUGAAGUACACAACAGAUUUGAGCUUAUGCCUGAGACCCUUUAUCUGACCAUUAACUUGGUUGAUCGGUUUCUUUCGUCGAAAUCUGUCCCAAGGAGAGAAUUGCAGCUUCUGGGUAUUGGUGCUAUGUUGAUUGCCUGCAAGUAUGAGGAAAUCUGGGCUCCUGAGGUUAAUGACUUUGUGAGCAUAUCAGAAAGGGCAUACAGCAAUGAACAAAUUCUGAAAAUGGAGAAGGCCAUACUAGGGCAGCUAGAGUGGUACAUAACUGUUCCUACCCCAUAUGUUUUCCUUUCGCGAUACAUCAAGGCCUCGAUUCCUGAUGAUGAAAUGGAAAACCUGGUCUACUUCCUAUCUGAGCUUGCUCUGAUGCACUAUGGCUCCAUCUCCUUUUGCCCAUCCAUGGUUGCUGCCUCGGCUGUCUAUGUUGCUCGGCUUACCUUGUUCAAGACACCUGGUUGGACCGAUACCCUCAGAACUCACACCGGGUUUUCAGAGUCACAACUCAUGGAAUGUGCAAAGAUGCUGGCAAACCUGCACUCAGUAGCCCCAGGACACAAACUGCAGACUGUGUACAAGAAAUACUCAAAGCCUGAGAAAUGUGCUGCGGCUUUGUGCUCACCACCCAUGUCUCUCUUGGUUCUGUCUUCAUCAUAGCUUGAUGAUGAUCGGUUAUGAAUUUAUGAUUCUUUAGAUUAACUUUUGUCAUUGCUGAUGACAGCAUAGAAAACUUAUCUAGUGUGAUUUUCCUUUAUGUUGAUGAAGAUUAUACAACUCAUCGAUAUACAAUAAUUGUAGUUCAAUUUUACUGAUUGUAUGAUCUAAUAGUAGCAGUUUUUGAUCAGC